AUGUUGGACGGUCUUUUGAUUAACAUCGUUAGUGCGCAGAAGCCUAAAACAAUAGGUUGACGUUUAAAUAAACAUUUCUCUGCUGUAAGAAAAAACGUGCGUCUAAAGGAAUUUUCGCUAAAUUCUGUACGGGAAUUUCUUAUUUGAAAAAAAGGCCUUCUAAUAGCAAAAUACAAAAAAAAUAUCACAUAAACCUUAAAAAUAUUACAAGAAAAAAGUGAAAAAGCAAAAAAAAAAAAGAAUCCAACAAACGUCAAACUAUAGUUGUGUGUGAGUGUGUUGUAACCUUGUACGUUUGAAACCAAAACAGAGUUUGUGUUUGACCUGUUAGCGUUGAACAACGAAGUUUCAUUAUUUAACGGAUGAACCUCCAAUACAAUUUUUCUUAUUUGUUUUGUGUGUUGAAAAACACAGUGUAAUAACAACUUGAAAAUUUACGUGAAUUUGACAAUAUUUUUCUUUUUUUUUUGAAUAUUUGUAUUGUGUUUGUUGUAGACUUUGUUGUUUUGUUGGUUGGAGUUCAACUAUACUCAAACCAACAAACGUGUUUGUUUGAAGUGCAAAAAUAUUUUGUGUGUUCGUAUCGAGGCAUGCAAUUUUUUUUCUUGACCAAUAUGUUUGUUAUUGUUGGUUUGCUGAUAGUAUGAUGUUGACCUUUUGGUAAUAAAUUUAUACAAGAAAAGUAAGAAACCAAAUAAAAGGUGCUGUUUUGAUAAAUAAUAAUAAACAAAGGAUUGUGUUACACAAACAUACCAAUGAAGAAAUUACCCAUGACAGUGUAAACUGAAAAAGAAAGAUUUUGAAUUUAAAUUAAUAAACAAAAAAGAAAAAAACCUUAUUUUUUAUUAUAAAAGUGCAAUAUUUUAAUAUAAAAUUAAAAAAAAUGGCUGCUUAUACACAAUUUGGAUAUGGCGGCUAUCCGUCGGCUUCACAGUUACUAUCUACAAAUCCUACACAGUCACCUCAGACGGGAGACACACCUACGGGCCAAUCAUCAAUGACCAGCCCAAAUGCUCCUGCACAUAGUCCUGGUCAAGAAUGUCGUGCUACCACCGCCACUGUGCCCGGUUCUGGCAAUGCCAGUAGUGGUAAUGCUGUUAAUUCUGCUGCCGAGGUUUCAACAGGUGCUCUUAGUCCCGAUGCUUUGUCACAGCAUUCUAAUAAUGUAACAGCCUCCAAUAAUCCCUCUGCCAAUACCAACAUGGAAAACACACCAUUAGGUUCUAACAGUGGAGGUUCGGCGGGUGGUUCAGGGUCCUGUUGUGAAAAUGGACGACCCAUAAUGACAGAUCCUGUAUCCGGACAAACUGUUUGUUCCUGCCAAUAUGAUUCUGCACGUUUGGCCUUAUCCAGCUAUUCACGUUUACCCGCCGCCAGUGUUGGCGUCUAUGGCACACCUUACCCCUCCACCGAUCAAAAUCCCUACCAAAGUAUUGGUGUAGAUAGUUCAGCAUUCUAUUCGCCUUUGAGUAAUCCUUAUGGUUUAAAAGAUUCUACUGGGGGUACUGAUAUGACGGCCUGGACUUCGGCUGGUUUACAACCCACUACUGGUUAUUAUUCAUAUGAUCCUAUGUCUGCCUAUGGUUAUGGUGCCUCUUACGAUUUGGCUGCUAGACGUAAAAAUGCUACCCGAGAAUCAACUGCCACCUUGAAAGCCUGGCUAAAUGAACAUAAAAAGAAUCCCUACCCCACGAAGGGUGAAAAGAUUAUGCUGGCCAUUAUAACGAAAAUGACUUUGACACAAGUGUCGACGUGGUUUGCCAAUGCCAGAAGACGUUUGAAAAAGGAGAAUAAAAUGACGUGGGAGCCAAAGAAUCGUACGGACGAUGAUGACGAUGGUAUGAAUUCGGAUGAUGAUAAAGAUGACAAGGAUAUGGAUGAUGGCAAACCGUCACAGAUGCAUGGCGGAAAUUCACAAAUGGGCCAAAUGAAUUUGUCGGGCAGAAAAGCAGAUCUAGACAAAUCUGAUGAAGAUGAUCAUCUGAAAAAUCCCAAUCAUCCGGGAGAUCUUAGAAUGAGUUUAAAUUUUCCCGGUUCUGGUUAUCAUGGCUCUAGUCAUCCGCAUGGUUAUCAUCCCUAUCAUCACCAACAUCCUGCUUAUUAUCAACAUCAGCAAUCGAUGUUUUCCUCGGGUUAUGCUCAUGCAGCCGCUGAAAGUUUAGUGGGUAAUAAACAUGAUAGCGAGUCAAAAAACCCCAUGAGCCGGGACUGUGGCGUACCAAUUCCAGCCAGCAAGCCGAAAAUCUGGAGUUUAGCCGACACAGUCGCCAGCAAAACACCACCACCACACUCGGCAGCUUUCAUGGCCCAACAACAGCAGCGGCAGCAACAUCACCAGCAUCCCAUGCAGCAGCUGCAGCAAAUGAGCAGUUUACUGCCCAACAGCAGCAGCAACAGCAACAACAACAGCAGCAACAACAAUAUGAUGAGUGGAAAUUACAACAUAAAUCCUUAUACACGGGGGCCCUCUACAGCUUACGAGAAUUUUCUAGGAGUUAUGGCUACCAACAAUAUCACAGCCUACAACAGCAGCAGCAACAACAACAGCAACAAUUCCCAAACCAGCAGUCACAACAAUCAUCAACACACCAGCAACAAUUCUCAGCAGCUUACCCCCACCACUCCGCCUAUUACAGCAGCAGCCUCCUUAACAACCACAGUCCCAAACUCUCAUCUUACCCAGCAACAGCAGCAGCAACAUCAUCAACAGUCGCAGCAGCAUCCACAAUCCUCGAAUCCUCUGCAACGGGGGAUGGGGUUUCCCGAAGCCCAACCCGAUACUCCACCCCAAACUCCACCGAAUAUGAAAGUGCCGAACGUACAAUUGGCCACGAAUCUACUACUUACCGCUACGCAAGCCCAUAUGACCGCUACCUGCCACAACAUCAACAACUCCAUCACCACCAGCAACAGCCACCACCACCACAUCAAUAGCCACAGCAAUAAUAAUCCUUAUAAUUUGACUUAUUCACGCUCCUAUGAUUACUCACCGAGAGAUGAGAAUUCUAGUGGUAGUAGUUGUAGUUCCGGUUCCUCCCAUCAAGAUCAAGAUCAACCAUAUAAAUCGAUAUUUAAAAGUCAACAAUUGUCAGGAGCUGGAUUUGUACCGCCAGUUUAAGAAAUGAAAUAUUAAUCGAAACCUUAGAAUUCAUAUUUGGAGCAAAAUGUUUUAUAAAAGCAGUUUCCAAAAAAACACUAUUUGAUUUCAAAAACAUAUUUUCUAAUAAAUAGAAAAUAAGUGGGUUAAGUGCAAAUAAAUAUAUGUAUGUAUACUUCUUAUAGAAAUACUUUAUUUAAGCUCCUUUUAAUCACUAGUUUAAGUUAAGUUAAAAUAGUUGUUAAGUCUUAAAUAAAUGUUUCAUCUUUAAUCUCAGAUUAAAUAAUAAAAGAGAAAACAAAUUUUUAAGAAAAAAAAUUAAAAAAUCUUUAAAAGUUUAGGAAAACAUUUUACACAUACGAGUUUACAAACUUAAUGCAAACAUACAGGCACAUUAUUACACAAACACACACAGAUGCAUACAUAUAAACUUAAUAACAUAUAAAUACAUACAUACAUAUAUAUGUAUGUAAGUUUGUUUACAUGUAUGUAAAUUAGCAUUAAGUAAAUUUAUUACUG